CGACGGGUUUGGACUGAACAGUGGAGCUGAACUUCCACUACCAGUGACACUCCAUGUGAACUUUCCUCGUGAUGGAGACAGACGGCAAAGGUCCAUGUCGAACAGUCCCCGUGACACAGUCUGAACUGGACUUCCCCGGCGUGCCGUACUCCGUGUCUGUCCUCAAAGUCGGAUACUGCAUCUCUCAGCCCGACGGGACGUUCAGGGCGGACGGGACCAUCACGCUCAUAACGGGACCCAAGAUUAUUUUGGUGGACACCGGUGGACCGUGGGACCGGGACUUCCUCAAGGCGGCGCUGAAGGACAGGGGCUUGGAGCCGGGGGACGUAAACUGGGUGGUGUGCACUCACGGACACUCGGACCACGUCGGAAAUCUGAGCCUUUUCCCGGCAGCGGUGAUAGUUGUGGGGUAUGACAUCAGCGAGGGGGACACGUAUCGUCCCAACAAGAUGGCAGAGGGACAAGCGUACACUAUUGACGAGCAUGUAUCUGUUGUUCCAAGUCCAGGCCACAUGGGACAAGACGUCAGCGUCCAGGUGACGGGAACCUCAGCAGGCACGGUGCUCGUCGCGGGGGACUUAUUUGAGCGCUGCUCAGACGACGACAGCUGGAAGGAUCUGAGUAUGAACACUGCGGUACAGGAGGUCAGCCGGCAGGAGGCGCUACGCACCGCGGAUGUCAUCAUACCCGGGCACGGCCUCCCGUUUAGAGUCCUCAGGAACUGAAGAGCCAGUGCUGGAUUACGUUGCUGAACUCGAGCGCUGAGCGUUUCACUUGUUCCCAAAGCGCGAACUGUGUCGUCUUUCAAACACAAACGCAUUUACAAGAGCAGCUCCUCAGUUGCCGGGAAAACAAAAAAAAAAGUAAUUUAUGAAAUCAUGUUAAUAACUGGUCUUUAAAGUGAAACCUGAUAGUGAAGGACUGUGAUUUUAGCUGUCUGUUUAAAUUUAAAAUCACACACAGUGCUUUCUGCUUCCUGAACUGUAAGUAGGGUUGGCCCAUUGUUUUUCAAGAGAGUACUUCAGAGGGAUGUCCUGUGUAUUGUGGGGAGUUUCCUAGUAUUCUGAGCCAAUGGAAGCAUAGCUAAGGGUAAACGCUUAAAAAAAAAAAUAAAUAAAUAAAGGAUUUUAAGUGUACUCUUGGACUUACUGGACAAUGGUUCCACAGAAGAGGAGCCUGAUAGCUAAAUGCGCUGCCUUCCAGUACUAUUUUUGGAAAUUACAGGAACUGCGACUAACCCUGCAUCCUUGAGUGCAGCACCGCAGUAGGAUAAAUGGUUACUAUAUGUUGUUAAAUACCACAUUUACACCAACAUUUGUCUUUUAUAUGCAGGGAAGCCCACUAAUAAUUGGCAGUAAACUCUUUUCACAUUGCCAUUGGACUAGUGUGCCCAUUGUGUGUUUAUAUGCCUGAUCAAAAUACAUCCAGAAGACAUUAAACUUGUUUGCAAAAGUCUUAAUGACAUCCUGAGUUAGAAGCAUCCAUUUUUUUUCUGAGCUGAUAACGAAAGUUGCUAUCGGGCGAGGCGUCCCGCUUCUUCCCGAUCUCCGUCGAGAGUCGCCCAGAACACACGAAAGAUGAAAUGCGGCGGUUACUUUUUAACGUCCAUCGCUUCAGUCUCUUCAGCCUUUUCUGUUCGAACUGAGGGCACCGCCGCUUCCGGUGAACAUGGAGUGAGCAGCUCAAGCGAGGAGCGCUCGACUCAACCCCAAACAAUUUCGUCACCAUUAAAAGUCUUUGCAAAGUCCCAUAUAAUCAAGUCUGAGUCAGCUUCGGUCAGAGAAAGAAGAGUUAGUUCAACCUACCAGCCCAGAGCCGGUCCCAGUUAUUGGACAAUUAGCUUUCCAGACAAAAAAAAAAAAAAAAAGAGAAAGAGAAAAAAUGGAAUGGGUUUGAUGGCAGAAGUUAUUUUUACGUCUACAACCGUGCCCAUGUCACUGUGUCUGAAAUAAAAAAAAAAAAAAAGUCAUUCCACCACGCACACACGCCAAGCGAGGCUGCAGUGUCGCCUCAUCCGUAAUCCGUCUAUCAGUAUAGUGGCACUCGCGUCGUUCUCGGCCAAAACAAACCCCCGGAAACAACCCACGGACAAUCAUAUUGACAUCCUGCUAGCGUUUCACUACAGUUUCAGUGUCUGCCAAUUUUGGUUGGAGCCGUGGUCCUUGUGGUCAGGAGCAGAGUGGUCCAUGGCCUGUUCUGGACUUAUUUUUUUUAUUUAUUUUUUUUAUCUCACAAUUACUCCUAGUAAUGUGUUUUUAUUCAUUUAUUAAUUCAUUUUUUUUGUCAAUGGAAGCAAAUGAACACUGCAGGUCAUGUUUUUUGUCUACAUUGUCGAUUAGGCCUACAUUAUACUGUAUUGUUGUAGGCCCACAGACUGGAUGGAUGGAUGAUGGACUUCUCUGUCUGUCUGUCUGUUAUGUGUAUGACAAUAGGUAACAGUAUUGAGCUGUAUAAAAUUGUUUUGUACGGCUAUUUAUAGCAAUCAGAGUAUGUCCUGCAUCACUAUGGAAUACAUGCACUGGCGAAACCCGUUUAUGUAAUUUAUUCUGUAUCGGUAACUCCUGCUUUGGCAAAACACGUUUUUUUUGUUCAUGUCAAUAAAGCUGUUUGAAUUGCAAGAUACAGACGAA